AUGGGUCCUUAUUCAUUCGUCAGCCUCACGCCUGCUGAAGUCGAAGAGCGACGACACCAACUUGACCUUGCGGGGUUCCAUGCCUGGCUGACGCCUAUCGUCCUCCUGAUCACCAGUUACAUCUAUCGGCGCUUCCUUCAAACGCAAUCCUACCGAGCUGACGGCACUCAACAGCCCUCAUCCCCUUCAGCUUUACGAACCCUCAUCCGCCGCACAAAAUGGAUCCUGAACAGCACCUACAUCCCCGAAUUCGGGCCCUUGCACACCCAACUCCUCGGCCUGAUCUACUUCGGCUGGCUGCUCUACCUCGUUUUCCGCGCCACGGGAAACGACUAUAUGCACUUGACCAAAUCAUUCGGGCAUGUCGCCGUAUCCCAGCUCCCGCUGCACUAUCUGUUGUCUCUAAAACCGGCAAAUUCGCCCAUCACUCUGGCCACGGGCCUGACGCAUGAACGGCUCAACGCGUUCCAUCGGCUGUUUGGACGGAUCAUCCAUUUCUUACUCGCCGUCCAUGCGGUUCUGUAUAUUCGAUUCUUCGUCAAGCUGGACAUUCUGGCCAAACGCGUGCGAGACCGUGACGUGAGGCUCGGGCUUGCGGCGUUCUGGACGUUCAAUUUCUUGGCGCUGUUGGCGGUCCCCGGUGUGAGGAGACGGGUGUAUCAUUCUGUCUUCUACAGAAGUCAUGUCGUGUUGAGUGCGUUGGCGGUGCCGCUGCUGUUCUUUCACGUUCCGUAUACGAGGGUCUAUCUUGCCCAGGCGGGCGUCUUUUGGGUCUUGGGGGCGCUUGUCCGGCGCGGACGGAGUCAAAGGGUCACUGCGCGCUGUGCAUUGCUGGAUAAGACAAAUCCUAAGGAGGAUGAGCUGGUCAGUGUUCGGUUCAGAGUUGCCCAAGGGAGUCCUCUGGCGCAGGCACAGGCGGGACAGCAUGUUUAUGUUCGUCGUGGGGGAGUGAUGGGGCCGAAGAACCCGUUUACUGUUGCGAAUGUUAGGCCUGUUGAGGAGGGCAUGGACGAGAUGGAUGAGAAGGUGGACAAGAUGGCUGUCAAAGCUGUGCGGAACGAGGUGGAGAUCCAGCUCGUGUUGAGGAAUACCGGCGGCCCGCAGACAUCGUAUCUUGCCGGCGUCGCGAAGAACGCUGGUCACAGCAAGACUAACACGCAUAGAAAUGGCAGGGAAGAAAGCAGAAGCGGGAGCGGGACCGAGACGGAACCCACAACUUCGGGUUCGUCGAUCGUCGGACUCGACAUUGAAGGCCCCUACGGUGAUUCCGGGAUCUACAUUCCCCCACUGCUCGACGAGGCCACCCGGUCUGGCUCCGGUGGUGGGCCUGUCUUGUUGUUUGCAGGCGGUGUCAAGAUGGUGUGGAUGGUCAAGACCCUGUCUGCGGCGCAAUGGGGAAUAUCCAUCUUGGAAACGGCUCGGGCUGAACAGAAGAAUGAUGUGGAUAUCUACGUGACCCGCGACGAGGCAGGCAAGACGGAUCAUAUGGAUGAUGACAAGAACCCGAGGGAGCAUCGGGACAAGGCUCUGGUCACGAAACAGGAUUCUGGGAUCAGAGUCCACGGACUCCGUCACCGUCCGGACCUCGAGUCCAUCAUUGACAUCGCUCUGGCGAACUCAUCGAGUGGAGAGAACGGCGACAACGACAGCGACAAUGUCGUCUCGACUGCGCCACGAAAGAUCCCAGCUGUCCCCAGCCACCGACGGCGUGCGGCGCAGGAUCCCCUAACGGUGUUUCUUUGCGGACCGCCCAGUCUGGCAAGAGACGUGAGACAUGCUCUUGCUAGGUAUGUCGAUGAGGGAAGGGAGGUGAGGGUCUUCGAAGAGGUGUUUGGGUUUGGGGGGAGUUGA